GUUUAAGUUAUUAUUUUGUAGCAAGCCUCCUAUUAAGUCGGAUAACAGAAAGUUAUUUUGACGUUAACCAAGAUAACAAAGCUAACACAAUGCUACUGUGGAUAGUGAGUGAAAUCCUCAGAUUGAACCUUAAAUAAAGUUAUUAAUGAAGCAUAUUGUCUUUAUCGGUAAACAUAUAACGUUAGCUAAAGUGGCGAAAUCCACUCUGGAAUAACGUUAUCAUAACUUGCCUGUUUAUUGUAACCAACAUAAGCUAACGCUAGCAACCGUGGUUCCUCCAUGUAUCAAUUUGGUAACGCUAGCUUCUAGCUAUCCCUCUAGCAUAAGUUGGCUGACUUAUGACUUUCUAGCGUGUGUUUUAGCUAGGUUAUAACGUAAACUUAAAGUUAACUAAAGCUACUUUAGUUCACCGUCUCUUUUGGAAUAGAACUAUUAGGCUACUAACAGUGGAAUGUUUUGUAAUGUUUUCAUGAUUAGGUAGUUAGCGAAGUUUACUAACUUGAACUGUUCCAUGCUAUCCAAGUUAAAAUGACGUCAGGACAUUUGCAAACUCAAGACUUGUGCUAUGACAACCUCACAGAGGCACCAAGACACCAAAGUAUCCGUGGGGUACAAAGAUAUGGAGUGGCAGACGCCAGCUGUGUCUGAGAAGUUCCAGAGACGCUUUGGCUGGCGCCCCAGUACAGCGGACAGUGGGGACACAGGGUUUGGUGCCACCCCCUCGGACAACUCUGAAGAUCUGUGCAGUUCCAGCAGCAGCUCGUCCUUCCAGCCCAUCCGCAGUCAGAUCCCCAUCCCCACCGCCCAUGUCAUGCCCUCCACGGCCGGCACCCCGGCCUCCAAGCCCCAGCCUCGCUCUCUGCCCAAGGAGGAGCCCCAGGUGUCCUCGUCCUCCACCUCACGCAACUCCAGCUCCACAUCCAGCUCCAAGUCCUCGCUCUCCAAGUCGGCGUCUUCCCCCAACCUGGACGCUCAGGGUGCGUCGGGGCUGGACGCCGGGGCUGGCGGGCCCAAGCCUGACUGCCUGAGCCGCUACCGCAGCCUGGUGAACGGCCUGGACCACUCGCUCUUCCCCGGCGGCGAGCACACGCGGCUGGACGACCCGCAGCACUUUGACAUGCCCAACAUGGAGCCCACGCUCAACCAGUCCAUGCUGAUGGGGGGCCUGGGGGGCGCGGACGUGCUGCGGCCGCCGGUGACCGGCUUCAGGGACGGAGACGCUUACCGGCCAUCCCUAGAACAGAGCUACAGGGUACUCCCCGAGGCCCAGUCUGGACUGGCUAGUGGGUCAGUGGACCCGUACGGGAUGAGGGGAGGCGGCCUGGGCGUCGGGCACCCGCUGGGUCUGCAGAUGGGUGCCAAGGUCUACGAGCCGCUGUUGCAGGAGCGCUGUGCGGAACUCAACAACUGGAAGCAGCUGGAGAACCUCCGUCUUCAGGUGGAACAGAUGCAGCUGUAUACUACAGGAAGCUGUCAGUACCCUCCUCUGUACCAGUCUGCUGCGUUACACUCGGAUGGCAAUAAGUGGGAGGCAUUAAUCAAGACCAACGAAAACCUGCUGAAGGAGAAGGAGAUGCUCAUUGAAAGGCAGAGGCAGCAGGUGGCUCAGCUGGAGCAGCGGCUGAGGGACAGUGAGCUGCAGGUCCACAGUGCGCUGCUGGGACGAGGAGCCCCCUACCCCGACGUGUGUCUGCUCCGCCUGCAGGAGGCGCAGCGGGAGAACGCCUUCCUGCGGGCCCAGUUUGCCGAGCGCAGCGAUGGCCUGGCCAAAGAGAAGGCAGAGGCAGAGCGGCAUCUGGGCGCGGUGGAGGCAGAGACGCGACGCCUGACCGAGUCGCUGCGCGAGGGCGCCGAGAAGCACGCCGAGGAGCUGAAGAGGCAGGAGGAGAGGAUCCGUAACCGGGACAAGCACAUAAACAACCUGAAGAAGAAGUGCCAGAAGGAGACGGAGCAGAGCCGAGAGCGGCAGCAGCGCAUUGAGACGCUGGAGCGCUACCUGGCCGACCUGCCCACCAUGGAGGACUACCAGGCCCAGAGCAAGCAGCUGGAGGAGGCUGAGCGGAGGGCAGAGCAGCUCCAAGCCACAGUGGAAGAGCUGGAGGCUAGACUUGGGGAGUCGCGCUCGGCCACCCGGGACCGAGACGCCCAGCUGGAAGAGCAGAGACGCCGGGAGCGCGAGCUGCUGAGCACCGUCACGAGCCUGCAGGAGCGUGUGCAGGAGGGUCUGGAGGAUGGAGCGCGGCUGCCGUCUCUGGACCUGGAGAAGCUGAGGACGGAGAACACCGCCCUGAGGGAGGAGCAACACCGACUGAAAAAGGUCAUUGAGAAGCAGUUGCGUAUGAUGGAGCAGCUGGGAACACAAAUUCGGACGCUGGAGGAUCAGGUGUCUCUGGAGGAGAGCAGCAGCCAGGCUCUGAGGGAGGAGCUGAUGGGGAAGGAGCAGGGUCUGCUCCAGCUGCGCUCCGCCAUGAAGGAGCUCUCCUCUCAGAACCAGGACCUGUUGGAUCAGAACCUGACCCUGCAGGAGCACCUGGAGGAGGCGGACCGGGCCGGGUUUGGCUCGGGUGUGGGCCACGGCCGGGGGCCCCCACAGGCGGCGAGCGCACGUCUGACGCAGCGUCUGCACGGCGAGAUGGCGGCCUGCCUGUGCGACCUGCGCUCCCUCUGCAGCGUCCUCACGCAGCGCACACAGGGACAGAACCCCAAUCUGUCCAUGCUGCUCGGCAUCGGCACACAGGGACAGAACCCCAAUCUGUCCAUGCUGCUCGGCAUCGGCUCCCCACCGCCGCUGGCUGACCCCUGUGAGGACUGGCUGAGCUCGGAGGUGCUGCAGAGGAAGCUGGCCGAGGCCCAGCAGCUCCGCCGUGACGUGGAGCAGCUCAGGACCACCAUCUCUGAUCGCUACGCGCAGGACAUGGGCGAGAACUGCAUCACCCAGUGAGCUGGCGCUCAGGGGCAUAUAUAGGGGCAGUAUACAAGCGUGUCACCCAGUGGUGUUCAGUCCUAGCCACAAUCAUCACUACAUGCCAUUCGCACAACUGUAUUACUUACACACACACACACACACACACACACACACACACACACACACACACACAGAGUAAUCACCUCUGCAUCAACCCCAGGACCCAGACAGCCACUGCCUCACCUCAGCAGACUUCCAGACCUGUGGUGUGAGUGGGCCUCUUCUGAGGAGAGGGCGUGGGCACUGUGUGUUCACUUGUGCUUUGCCAUCAGAACACUUCCAGUAUUGCCAGAACACUAAUAGCCUGCUUUUUGUAUAUGUGUGGAAUACUUUAGAUUCUCUACUUUUAGUUUCUGCCCUGUUCAGUCUGUUUUUUGUGGUGUCAUCAACACUAUAUUUAUUUAAGAUGUGUCUUCCUCUUUGAGGAAAAAGAAUAUCUUUAGAUGCGGUUGACAAUCAACUGAAAAUGUCUCUCUUGCUGAACCAUGGCAGUGCAAGUAUCCCUUAAGCUGAUGAUGCGUGGGGCAGCGUUUUGAGCAAUAAUGCUGGGCAACCUGAUGAUUUGCCUACAGAUGAUUGAAGUUCUCCAGAAAAUCAAUUUUUGAUUGCCAGAACCCUAACAAUGAGGGCCAUUGCCCAGCAGCAUUGCUCAAAAAGUUGCCCUAUGUAUCAUCAGCUUUAGUCACUGUUAUUUCAAAUGUAUCAUUUAGCUUUGUAUUCCGGAAGAAAGUGAGAUGGUUUAGCGGACUUUCAUUGGAUUGUUAUUGAACCAUGACUGUCAAGGGAGUGGUGUUCUGUCGAGCCAUCAGGGACCCCGCUCUCUUUCUCUCUCCCUUGUUCUUUCUUUUCCUUCUUUCAUCCAUUGGUGCUUAACCAGCACAGCCUGUUGGUUGCAUGGCCAUCUCAACAGACGCAGUGGUCUUGCUCAGAAAAGUGCCUUCCUCUGACUAAAGUGUCCUCGUACUCAACAUGAUCGCCCAGACUGUUGCGCAACCCUCUGUAGCAAAGCAAUGACUGAAACAAUCAUGUGCACCAAGGUUAUUUGCACAGCAUUUCAGAUGCUCCUGUUGGAAUAGACUGGCCUCUCUAUUGACUCUGGGGGGUGGGUGGGGUGGGGCAUUACACGCCAGCUAACUGACCUCCACAUUCCCUUUACACAGAUGUACUGAAUGUGUUAUUUGACGUGUUGUGUUGUGUUCUGUUGUGUUGCUGUAUUAGAGUAGUAUCAUAGACUUGUGCACUUCCUGUGUUUGGCUUCCUGUUGAGACGGAGGGGUUGUCUGACGUCUUCUCCACACAGUUUCAUUCUGCCUGCAAUACCAUAGCAACCACUGUGGUGUUAUCCAUGUACCUAACGUCAACUACCAUAUCCUGUGGGCGCCAAUUUAGAGCGGCAUUGACACAGACACAUGACCCAUUGCUGCACCUUAGAUGGGCGGCCUAAAUAAUUCCUUCUUGAUCUGGAGCGUUGUGGCUCUCGUGCGCAGUGUGUGGUGUGUCGGGCCACCGUCUGCUCAGCAGUUGUUUUACAGUGCCAAAAAGGGACAAGGGUGUUAAGCUGUUAACAUGCAAACACCUGAAAGCUGGUAGUCUGCUUGUAUUAAUGUCUCCUCUUAACACUAAACAAAGCCUUUCUGUGUGCAUAAAGGGUACUUUUGCACAGGGGAGAAUGGGAGGAAGUUAAACGUGUGGGGCAGGGCGGGGGCAUCGUUUCUUGGAAUUAAGCUGAAUAGGAACCUUGCAACCUCUGUUAUGAAGCUAAGAAAGACUGUUAUUUGAUGGUCUUUUCACACCUCUGUGUGCUUGUCUUUCACCUAGUCAUGCAGCUGCAUUUUCAUGCAAGUAUUUGUUUCGUAACUGCUGAACUCCUCUACUGCGCCGAAUACUCUGCACACAGUAUUGUGCUCUGUGGUAAAAGAUGAUGCCUAUCUCCAACUUCUAGUCUAAAGGGAGGAGAAUUUUUUUGGACUGCUCCACAUCCUUGCCUUUUAAAUACUAUAAAAACUGACACUACAGUGACAAAGUAUUUUACCUGUUUUGUGUUUCCUCUGUGAAGACUUGAAUAACAUGCCAGAAGUCCUAUUAAAAUGUCUGGAAAUAAUUUAUUAAUGAAAUGAUGUUGGGCAAGUACUGCACAUAGUCCGUGGUCAUGACCAGACUGCACAGAGAAUGUUAGUGUGUGAGCGUGUGUGUGACUAAGAAGAAACCAGCUAAAGCAACCAGUUAAGCCAGCUGUUUUUGCAACACUAAAAGAUAUCUAUUUUUGUCAUAUUUUAGAAAUAAAGUUUGUUUUCAAUAA